GUUUCAAAAUGAAUUCAACAUCGAAUGAUUCAACAUUACAUCAGGAACAGCAAAGAAUCGACAUUUUUCAACUUCACAGAAUUGCCGCCCCUGAAUUACUAAUAGUUGACAGAGUAAUCACCCCUAUAUGGUACUUCAUUGGCAUCAUUGGCAAUAUAUUAAGUGCAAAAAUAUGGCUUUCUCAAAAAAUGAGGCAGUCAAAUUCGUCUGCAAUAUACCUCGGUGCAAUUGCUGUUGUAGACCUAAUAUUCAUCUUCUUGCACGUUUGGAUGGAAUUAUUGCAAGCGUAUGGAAUAGGUUCCUUUAAUCAGCCAGUUCUUUGCGAAGUGUUUAAUGUAUUGUUUCUGUGCCCACAGUAUCUAGCACCACUUCUAAUAUUAGGCUUCACGUUUGAGAGGUUUAUAGCAAUCUGCUUCCCGUUCCUGAAGGAAAACUUCUGUUCUGUAAAAAAAGCUUUUAUUGCUGUGAAUAUUCUCACUGUAAUAUCUUUACUCAUCAGUUUGAUGCAAGCCUAUUUUUGGACAUACGAUGAACUGGGGGAUGCGUGUGAAAUAAAAGGGUAUAAGAAUACAUUUUAUACAAUAUGGACAUGGGUUUCUGAAAUGGUUAUAUUUGUCGCAGUUCCGCUGAUCGUCCUGGUCUUCAAUAUACUUGUCAUCAGAGAAAUCAAGAAAAUCAACAAGUUCCAGGCUUCAUUUGGACACGACCAGAUUCGAGGGUCUAAUCAAACAUCAACAGUCACUUUGUUGUCGGUUUCGUUCUAUCUUAUUUGUACUUUAUUACCAGCAACAAUAGUGUAUGCCAUGCAAAUGAGUAUUACAAUGGGUAAUCCAGGAACAAAACCAGCUGAUUGGUCGAAAGAUCCCACGUGGUCUACUUAUCUGAUUUAUUACCAUAUUAGAAGAAUUGUUGAGGAAAUUUGCUUGUCAAAUUACGCUUGUUAUGUAUUUAUCUACUGUAUCACAAGUGCGUAUUUCAGAGCUGAAGUGCACAAAUUAUGGUGCUUAAGAAAAGCAGGAAAAUAUCUGGAUUGCAAACAAACAUCAGAGGAAAAUAAAGUGUCUAGCACUAAUUAUUGUAUUGUAAAAGGUAAAAGUAUUGAUAAAACAGUUCCAACUGAUGUUUAGGCAAUGGCGAAGUGCGUUCAGAAAGUUCAAGCCCUGUGGCAUUUAAAUAUUGGGCUAAAAAGACAAUUUUGCAUGUUUUUAGAACGUAACUUGAAAAAUAUGUAUUCAGAGUCAAGGAAAUAUUAAGGAAAUAUUAAGGAAUUUUAUCAGUUUCUGGUAACUACAGCAGCCUUACGUAACUGAAACCGGUGAAGCGAACUAAAUUUACCAAGGUCUUAUGACGUCGAACCAUUCAGUGAGUCCUAUGACAGAUAACUCUUCAAAAACCUCUGGAAGUCAAGUACAUUUGUACUUAUAAAUCCAAAUGUAUUUUUUAAACAAUAGUCUGCCUCAAGAACAAUGGAUUUUUUACAAUGAAGCUGAACAGUGUCUUUAAGCAAAUAAAUAAAAGUGAAACCGCUGUCGUUUAUUUACAGGUAUACACGUGACUUCAUCGUGGGAAAGACAUCAUUCAUAGGGAGAAAGAAGCAUACAGACUAUAAAAUUAUAUAUCAUCGGAACUUAAGGUAUUUGUUUCAUAAAAUUCGUCGUCCAAAGCAAUAAAGUGCUAAAAUAUACAUUGUAUAAGAAAUAUCUCAGCGGUAUAAAUUCAAUGUUCUUUCUGAUGAUCACAUGAAAAGCAAAACGAGUUUUUGCUCAAUUUUAUCUGGCGUGUACCUUGUGUUUGCAAAUGCACCUAAUUCGCAUAUCAAACCACAUUUAUAUAUAUAUUAUAACAAACUUAUUCACCAGACAGAAUAGCAAUUAAAGAAAUUUUUGCCGUAAUGGUGUAUUUCUCCAGUAAAAUUAAAGUUCAGAAGUAAUUACAAUACCAGUACUUAAGCAAAUCCUUCUA